UUCGCCUCUUGCACUCACCACUCCACAAACCCUCAAAAAACGCCUCUCUCUCUUUCUCUCUUCUGAUUCAGCUUCUUGACCGUAAAAAUUGCCGGAGAUGUCGCCGGAAACCUACCUCCUGUUCACCAACUGCACCGACGCCCUCAUGAGCUUCGAAGCUAUCCUAUGUUUUUUCUUCUUCGUGGCCGUACUCUCCUUCUCUCUCUCCCCAGGCGGGCUCGCUUGGGCCUGGGUCGGAUCCAAGACCCAGGUCCAGAUUCCGGGUCCUUCCGGGUCAAUCUACGCCUUUUCCGGAUCCACUCCCCACCGAGUCCUCGCUGAUCUCGCGAAACGGCUAAAGGCUACGCCUUUAAUGGCGUUCUCUGUUGGGUUCUCGCGUUUUGUGAUCUCUAGCGAACCGGAUACGGCCAAAGAGAUUCUGAACAGCUCGGCUUUUGCGGACCGGCCGGUUAAGGAAUCGGCUUACGAGCUGUUGUUCCACAGGGCCAUGGGAUUCGCGCCGUACGGAGAGUACUGGAGGAACCUUAGGAGAAUCUCUGCGACCCAUCUGUUCAGCCCGAGGAGAAUCUCCAGCUUCGGGGUUGUUAGGAGGGAGAUAGGGAUGGAGAUGGUGAACAAGAUCAAGAACUUCGUGUCUGAAACUGUGACUGGUGAAGUGGAGGUGAAGAAAGUUAUUCACUUUGGUUCUUUGAACAACGUUAUGAUGACUGUUUUCGGAAAAAGUUACGAUUUUGACGAUAAAGACGGAGGAAAUGGGUUUGUUCUUGAGAGGCUGGUGAGUGAAGGGUAUGAACUGCUUGGGAUUUUCAACUGGAGCGAUCAUUUACCUGUUUUGGGUUGGUUUGACUUCCAAGGAGUGAGGAAGAGAUGCAAAGCUUUGGUCUCCGAAGUGAAUGCAUUCGUCGGUGGAAUCAUAGAGGAACAUAAAGUGAAGAGGAACCACGAAGAUUUCGACGAAGAUGGUAGUUCUACUGCUGAUUUUGUUGAUGUCUUGCUUGGCUUGCAAAAGAAAGAAAAGCUGUCUGAUUCCGACAUGAUCGCUGUUCUAUGGGAAAUGAUCUUUAGAGGCACAGAUACAGUGGCGAUUCUUCUUGAAUGGAUUCUUGCGAGAAUGGUGAUGCACCAGGACAUCCAAGAGAAAGUUCAUUCAGAGAUUGCUUCAGUCACAAGCAACUCGACAAGGCCCGUUUCCGAUUCCGACAUCCCAAAUCUCCCUUAUCUCCAAGCCAUUGUGAAGGAAACCCUAAGGCUUCACCCUCCGGGACCACUCCUCUCAUGGGCCCGGCUUGCUAUCCACGACGUCCACGUUGGUCCCACUGUCGUGCCAGGUGGCACCAUAGCCAUGGUCAAUAUGUGGGCCAUAACCCAUGAUCCCAAAAUCUGGACCGACCCAGAAGAGUUCAAGCCCGAGAGGUUCAUGGAUGGUGAGGAUGUGAGCGUCAUGGGCUCGGAUCUUAGGCUCGCUCCUUUCGGAUCAGGUCGUCGGGUCUGUCCCGGUAAGGCAAUGGGUUUAGCCACCGUUCAUCUCUGGCUUGCUCAGUUGAUUCAGAGCUUCAAGUGGGUCAAAGGGUCUUGUGAUGUUGAGCUCACCGAGGUCUUGAAGCUGUCAAUGGAGAUGAAGAAGCCGUUGAUUUGCAAAGCUGUUCCGAGGGAAACUCAUUUCGCUUGAUUGCAAUCUGCCGCAUACCGGACUGGGUCUUAUCAGCCACUCUUGUCUAAUUACUAGUGUCAUGCUUUCGUGGGGGAAAAGCUAGGGUUUUUAGUUUUUGUUGCAACUUGGAUGGGUUUGGGUUUUUUUAGGUUUUUGUGUGGUUUUGUGGUUUGUCUUCGGUAUAAUGAUGUUUGUGGUGUUUUCGACUUCGAUGCUAUCUCUAUCAUCAUAUGUUCUGUUGUCUUAUGGCCUAUGUUUAGGUAUAUGUCAAUUAAACUUUUUUGCAUUUUA